AUGCAUUGUUUGCUCAGAAACCAAGUGACAUUAUUAAUACAUUUCUUACUAUAUUUAUGUUGCCACAAAGUUUCGAAGGCAGCUAUAGAACUUCCUCCCAACAGCACAAUUCCGGCAGUGAUCGUGUUCGGGGACUCUGUUGUGGACACCGGCAACAACAACCUCCUAAAAACCGUCGUCAAAGUCAAUUACCCUCCAUACGGCAAGGAUUUCGUCGGAGGAAAGCCGACCGGCAGGUUUUCCGAUGGAAAAGUGCCGUCCGACCUCAUCGUUGAGGAGCUCGGAAUUAAAGACCUCUUGCCGGCGUAUCUUGAUCCGGCGUUGAGAGAUGAAGAUUUGUUGACCGGCGUUACCUUCGCCUCCGGCGGUUCAGGCUAUGACCCCCUGACUUCCAAUUUAUUGUCAGUAUUGUCGUUAUCAGACCAGCUAGAGAUGUUCAAAGAUUACAUAACAAAGUUGGACAAAUUGGUUGGACCCGAAAGGACGUCUAAGGUAUUGAGCCAAAGUCUAGUCUUGGUGGUUACGGGCAGCAACGACGUCACCAACACGUAUUUCAGCUCCCCUCUUAGAAAAUCCGAAUACGACAUCUCUUCGUAUGUCGAUCUACUUGUUGGCUACGCUUCCGAUUUCGUGCAGGACUUGUACAAGUUGGGGGCACGCCGUAUAGGUGUCUUCGGGUUACCACCGCUCGGGUGCUUGCCAUCACAACGGACGCUAAAAGGAGGAGUCGAGAGGAAAUGCAUCGAUUCAUACAAUCAAAUAUCCGAAAUGUUCAAUAAUAAGCUUUCGGCCGAGAUGGACUCCAUCAACGGCCGGUUCCCGACGGCAAGAAUCUCAUACAUUGAUAUUUAUAAGCUACCCCUUGAUGUCAUUCAUAACCCGCAAGAAUACGGUUUUGAAAUUUCAGAUAAAGGGUGUUGUGGAACGGGGACAUUAGAAGUAGCAUUUCUGUGCAAAUAUACAUAUUCUCAAAACCCAAACAGCCCCUUAUCCCGAACCAGCUGCUGCCAAACCCUACUCUCUCUCUUCGGCAUAGCCCUCUCCAAAUACCUCCAAAGAUCCUCCCUUUUUCAGCUCCCAAACCUGCCCACCUCAAUUUCUUGCCUCCAACGUUUCCAAUCCAAGCUCGAUACCCUCUCGCUCGCCCCCAAUUUGACCUCUCUCUGCUUCGAUCCCCUGCAAUUCGCGGCAUCCCCAAACAUAUGCGCCGCGAUUCAGACCACCGACGACUGGGUGCGGACGGUCGGGAACUCGACCGCCUUGGAUUCGUCGUGUCGGUCGGAUUUGACCGUCCCCACCUCGUGCGACGCCUGCGUCGCCGCCGGAUUCAGGGUUCAGUCCCAGCUGAUCGCCGUCGACGGCAACCGCUCGCACGCCAUCGACUGCUUCUAUUUCUCCGUUCUGUACGCUGCUGGGGUCGUGAACGAUUACGGGCCGGAGAGCGCCGGCGCCAUCUCGUGCAUUUUCGGGCUCUCAAUCAGGCCCGAAAGAGGGUCGUCAGGGAAUCGGGCCCCCGCUUUCGUUUUCGGGAUGAUUGGAGCCGGGUUGGCGGUUUUUGUGGUCUGUGCUGUGUUGGGACUGUUUGUGUGGUGGAGUAGGAAAUGUAGGAAAAGGGAUCAUGUAGAAGAUGAGAAUCGAGAGUUCGGGCCCGGUCCGAGAAGGCCUGCCACGGUCUCCAUAUGGUACAAGAUCCAAGAACUCGAGAAAGCAACCGAUAAUUUCUCAUCUCGAAAUUUCAUCGGGCGGGGCGGUUUUGGGCUCGUUUACAAAGGGUCGUUGCCUGAUGGGUCGGUAAUUGCCGUGAAAAGGGUCAUCGAGUCCGAUUUCCAAGGGAAUGCCGAGUUUUGCAACGAGGUCGAGAUCAUCAGCAACCUCAAGCACCGAAGCCUCGUCCCUCUUAGGGGUUGUUGCGUGGACGACGAUGCCUGCGGGCCCGACGGGCCUUCGAGGUACCUCGUUUACGAUUACAUGCCGAACGGGAACCUCGAGAACCGUCUAUUCCCGCUUUCCGAAAACGGAAAAAAACGAACGCAUUUAUCAUGGCUCGAGAGGAAGAGCAUAAUCAUGGAUGUGGCUCGCGGGUUGGCCUACCUACACUACGGGGUCCGGCCCGCCAUCUACCACAGGGACAUCAAGCCCACCAACAUUCUUCUCGACGGGGACAUGCGGGCCCGGGUCGCGGACUUCGGGCUGGCCCGGAUGAGCCGGGAGGGCCAAUCCCACAUGACGACCCGGGUCGCCGGAACCCAUGGUUACCUGGCGCCCGAGUACGCGCUAUACGGGCAGCUGACGGAGAAGAGCGAUGUCUACAGCUUCGGGGUCGUUGUUUUGGAGAUCAUGUGCGGGCGGAAGGCGUUGGACUUGAGUUCAGGCCCAGCCCGAUCAUUCCUAAUCACGGACUGGGCCUGGGCUCACGUGAAGGCGGGCCAAAUGGAGAAGGUUUUGGAUGCCCGUCUUUUGGAGGGUCGAGAGAAUCCGAGGGGGUUGAUGGAGAGGUUCGUUCUCGUAGGUAUUUUGUCCGCGCACGUGAUGGUAGCCUUGAGGCCCACGAUUGUGGACGUGGUGAAGAUGUUGGAGGGCGAUUUGGAGAUUCCGGUGGUCCCCGACAGGCCGGGCCCGCUGGCCCAUCCUUCGUUGUACGGAGGGGGUAACGGUAGUAGUGAAAACGGUUGUGACGGGUUUAGUUGGGAAGUUUGA